AUGGGUCAAAAUCAGCAAAUUCAGGCGCCGGAUGAGGAAUUGGAGUUGAACAACAUCCAGGACCUCUAUAAAUCAUUUAUCAUGGAGUGUCCCAGCGGUUCGCUCUACUUGCACGAGUUCAAGAGGAUGUUUGGAGUGCAAAACGGUACGCCCGAGUCGCAGUACAUGGACUGCAUCUUUCGAGCGUUCGACAUGAAUCAUGACAACACGAUGGACUUCAUCGAGUACGUGGCCGCCCUGCACCUCGUGCUGCGAGGGAAACUGGAGGACAAACUCCGCUGGUCCUUCAAGGUGUUUGACGGAGACGACAAUGGCCAGCUGGAUAGAGACGAGCUCAGGAAGAUUGUCAAUAUAAUCUACAAGAUAAAGAAGGGCUCGGGGUCAGGUGACAUGUGCACAGAGGGCCUCACGCCUGAUGAGGUGUGUGAGCGCAUCUUUAAAGCGGUCGAUGUAAACAGUGAUGGUCAGAUCACCCUGGAUGAGUUCGUGCAGGGCGUUCAGAAGAACCCGUGGCUGCAGAACUUCCUGCAUCUGGAUUUCAAUCCCAGCGGCUGGGUUCAGAGGUAUCUGUGUGACAGAAAACUCACGAGUCAGGGGGCGCCUCUGGCCGUGGGGCGGCCCCGUGCUGUGGCCUCCGCUGGUCUGAGCUCCUGCCAGAGCCAAUCAGAGCCCGGCGGUGCUGAGGGACAGCGUGACCUGAGUGUGAGCGCCGCGGCGUCGGCGGCCUGA